GUGUCGUCAUUAGCGUGAACUUGACAGUGGAAGUGUGGCAGCUUAGAACAACAAUCCUCUGAGAGUGUCCCACCGUCUCUCCUCUCCUCUUCUCUUCCUUCCCUCUUUUCUUUUCUUUUCUUUUUUUCAGAGGGGGGAGACUCGCGUUUUCCUCCCCCGCUCUCGCUCUCUCCCUCCGGGCGGAGUGGGUGUGUCGAUGCUGGCCAGUGGAGCCGAGUCUCUGCUUGUGUUGGUCCUGAAAAAGAGGAAAAAAGUUGACGAUGAGUUCAGAGUGAACGCGGCCCGCCUCCGAGCACGAACCGUCCGGGAUCAUGGCUGUCUGGACCCGAGCAGACAAAAACGGCCAGCUGGACCUCCUGCUCCGGGACCGCUGGAUCCGAGUGCUGGCGGAGCUCAGCCGUGAAACUCUGACCCUGACGGCGGAGGCGGAGGCGGCCGCACCGGGGGCGAACCACCACCACCACCACUGGGACUGCGGCAGCAGCAACUCCUCCGCGGGCCUGAGAAAUGGCCUGACGAACGGAAACGACCCGGGACCGAGUCCCGGCAACCGCGGUCAGGACCACCUCCAGAGCCAGAGCCAGAGCCAGCGGGGCCGCAGCUCCAGUCCCGGCCCACGCCGCGGUCAGUACGAUGGAAACUUUACUUCAAACAGCCCCGGAAAGUACCAGAAUAACGGUACAAACUCUGACUUUGGAAGUCCCGGCUCGAGCUACGGAAGCCCCGGGUCCAGCUUCGGCUCGAGACAGGGCGAGUACCCCGUGAGCGCGGACGGUUCUUCGGAGGCGGUGCGGAAAGUCCGGGUUGUCAAACAGGAGUCUGGCGGGCUGGGGAUCAGCAUUAAGGGGGGGCGGGAGAACCGGAUGCCCAUCCUCAUCUCCAAGAUCUUCCCCGGACUCGCCGCCGACCAGAGCCGCGCUCUACGGGUCGGGGACGCGAUCCUGUCCGUGAACGGGAACGACCUCCGCGAGGCGACGCACGACCUGGCGGUGCAGGCGCUGAAGAAGGCGGGGAAAGAGGUGACGCUGGAGGUGAAAUACAUCCGCGAGGUUUCUCCGCUCUUCAAGAAGCCGUCGCUGGUGGCCGACCUGCCGUGGGACGGCGUCCGCCCGCAGUCGCCCAGCUACAGCGGCAGCGAGGACUCGGGCUCGCCCAAACACAGCGGAGGCUCCUCCUCCUCGUCCAAGGACAGGAAGGUGAUCAGUCUGAGGAUGUGCUUCAUCAGCAGGAACCUAACCAUGCCAGACCUGGAGAACAGGCUGCUGGAGCUUCAUUCUCCUGACGGUCAGCACACGGUGGUGCUGCGCUGCAAAGACGGCUCCACCGCUAAGUCCUGGUUCAGCGCCGUCCACACCAACAUCGCCGCUCUGCUGCCACAGACGCUGGCCCACAUCAACGCCUACCUGAGCGCCUCGUCCUCCGCCUCCACACACCCACACCUCAAACACAUCGGCUGGUUGGCUGAGCAGGUGCAGCUGGAGGGCGGACGGCAGCAGCACCGCCCGGUGGUGAUGGCGCUGACGGAGAAGGACAUCCUGCUGUUUGAGUCUGUGCCGUGGAACAGAGAGUCGUGGUCCAUGCCUCUGCUCACACACCCACUGUUAGCCACCAGACUGGUUCACUCUGGCAGUGCCCGUGGGUCUCCCGCCCAGGGAACAGACCUGCUUUUCGCCACUCGAACAGGCACGGGACGAGGUAUCGAGUCCCACGUCUUUAGAGUGGAGACUCACUGGGAUCUGUCCUCGUGGACGCGAGCACUGGUGCAGGGGUCGCAUGCCGCCGCUGAACUCAUCAAAGAAGUUUCUAUUGGGUGUACGUUGAACCGCCAGGACGUGCGUCUGACGCUUCACUAUGAGAAGGGCUUCACCGUGACCCGAGAGCUGGUCGACCCAACAGGUGGCGCCGUGCUGUACAGAUACCCGUAUGAGAAGCUCAAAAUGUCCGGUGACGACGGCGUACGCAACCUUUACCUGGACUUCGGAGGAGCAGAGGGCGAAAUGGUGUUUGACCUCCACUCUGGACCCAAGCCCGUGGUGUUCGUCCUUCACUCCUUCCUGUCGGCCAAACUCACUCGUAUGGGUCUGCUGACGUGAGGCAACGGUCGCCGGCGACGACGAGGACGAACACGAGCAGAGUGAGGAUAGGAGGCGGCCGACAGAGGGCGGGGUUAACUUUUAAAAUCUACUUUCUCCUUUCACAGCUCACAUUAGGCACCAGGUGGCGCUGCAGGUGGAGUGUGUUGUUGCUUGUCCUCGGGCCGCCGCUCGCCACCAUGUUAGAGCAGGUGACAGGAGGAGGCGGCACUUUGCUUUAGUGACAGUAUUAACGAUAACUAAAAUAACAUGUAAUGAUUUUUAUUCUAAUUAUCCACCAUGAUGUAAAACACACACACACACACACACACACAGGCGCUGUGAUGAAGAGAUGACACAAACUAAAGAAGGGUCCAUUUUAUUGUUGUUUUUCUGCGCAGAGCGAGCACAGAUGUGUGUGUGCAUUCAUUCCACCACAGCCUUCUUAAUGUAGUUGUGUGUUUUUGUGUCGUCGUAGACGCACUCAACGCGCUGUGUGUGUGUGUGUGUGUGUGUGUGUGUGUCACCACAUAAUCCCAAACGACUGUUGUGAUCAGGAUCGCCGACUGUGCCUUUUUUUACACGUUCCCUCUUUUAUUCAACACAAUAAGAGAAUUUUAAAGGGACAGUUCAUGAUGUUUUUGUUGGUUUUACAGUGUGCAGACACAAUAUUCAGCACAGACUGAGCUGUGAGCGCCCCCUGUUGCUGAAAACCUGCAUGACACAGGUAUGGACGCUGAACAAGAACAUGGUUUCCUGCAGGAACAAAAGAUAUAAGUCUACGAUAUGUUAAGAAUGUGUUCAUGUCUCUCACACCAAAGUCCACAGACACAACCAGUGAUUAUAACAUCUCACACACACACACACACACACACACACACACACACUGCUGCCUCCAUCACUAAGUUCAAAUGUCUGAUUUUGUCACUUCAGUGUUUAAAAUCCUUUGUCCAGAUUGACCUCAGUGACACAAAGUGACCACACGAGGCAGCAGAGGAGCAGCAGCUCCUGUGUCCCCGCAGCUAAAAUCACUGAUUUUCUCUGUGGGAGAGUGAGUGGUUUACACACUUCCUGUUGUAAAGUCUGUCUCACAGUGAGACAAAGACGUGGACAUAUAUUCUUAAGACAUCGUAGACUUAAGCUGGCCUGCCUCAUGCAGGUUCUCAGCAGCAGGGGGCGCUCACACAACAAAAGUCACCUGAACUACUCCUUUUUAAGAUUUUCACAGGCACAAGCAAUAGUAUUACUCUUAAAGUGUGAACUCUCUGACUUUAAUCUUUUUUAAGGAGUAUAUCUCAUCGUUGCAUGGCCUCCUGUUUUCACGUCUCCGUCCACUUUCCUCCGUUUUGCUCGUCUCUUGUCUCACAGCUGAUUUAGAUUUCUCGGGUUGUGGUUCAACACGUGUUUUUUGGGUCAUCGCAGGACUGAGGUGCAAGUCUAUGUUAAUCAUCUAAACCUAAAGUUACAGUUUGUAUUUUUAUAAACACACUUCAAUUCUGCUGCGUGUGAACACGGAGAAAACAGACAAGUCUUUACAUCUCCUUUAAAAAGUCAAAUACAGAAGUGAAUUCAGCGUGUACGUCAUUCCAAACGUCUCCAAACGUGUUUCCACAUCCAGGGACCAACUUUAAAAACUACCAUCUUUAGUGAAGGUGAGAGUUUUCACUUUAGUUCAACUUGACUGUUUGGUUGUGUGUGCGUGUGUGUGUGUGUGUGCGCGCAUGUGUGUGUGUGUGUGUGUGUGUGAGACGCAGGAAAACCCUUCAGAUCAAGAGAGAAAAAUCUGCUCUGUUUUUUAGUCUUUUUUUUCUGGGCUUGUUUAUAAAAGCACAAAUCACCGCGUGAACAACCAAAAGAGAACGUUCUCUGAAGGUUGUGAGAAAGUAACGUUAGAGGAACGUUCUAUUUUGGUUCCCAGAACGUUCCCCUGUCUUUACUUUUCUACAACCUUCAUACAACCUUAAGAGAAUGUUCUCUAAAGGUUGUAUGAAGGUUGCAGAAAAGUAAUGUUCUGGGAACCUUCUCUUUUUGUUCCCAGAACGUUCUGGAACUAAAUGUGCAACCAAAAACUAAGGUUAGGAAAACUUUCCACUUCAACCACAGGAGAACCCAGGGCGGAACCUUCAGGGAACCUCCACGGAACGUUCCCAGAACGUUUUGUGAGCUUUAGUUAGCUUUACUUUGAAUGAGUAACGACUGUUAAAGGAGGAAACGUUUUUAUUCUUCCAGGAGCAGCAGUGAAGUCGUGUUCCUGCCGCACACACACGCACACACACACACACACACACACACACACACACACACCUGACCGUUGGACCUGAUAUAUAAACCUGACAAACGAUGCAACGAUUAAUCCAUUCAUCGAUUCCUACAUUUGAUCAUGGAUUCAUCGGUUUGAGCAAACAGUUUGUCAUUUGUCAGCUUCUUAAAUGUGAAUAUUUUCCGGUUUCUCUGCUCCAUAUAAACAAAGAAAUCAUUCAAACUGGAUCACUUUUGGUUUGUAGACAUUUUUCGACAGUUUAUGGACCAAACAAGCACUUGAUUGGUCAAUUUAAACAAAUCAUUCAGUGCAAACUUAUUCACAUCAUUCUGAAGUGAAAAAUUAAGAAGGUCCUGUGACCCAUCUGUGGGCCCUGACCCAGUGUUUGGGAACCUCUGCACUAAUCGGCCAACCAGUGAAUGUACUCCUCAUCUCCUCUGUGUGUGUUUUUUUUUUAUUCUUUAUUUUUUUAAAUGGUGUCUUUUCCUCUUUCCUGUCUAUGCAAAGCAAAGCUUCAAAAACUAGUAAAUAAAUCAAUGAAAGGAUGUUUUCAUUGGAACCAAAGGUAAAACUGUGCGGCAGCUUGCGUCAAACACAAUCAUCAAAACUGAAGGUCACAGGAGGAUUUUCAGAAUAAAGUGCUGCUGCAACAACUCUCUCAUAUGCAAACGUAUUUUAGACUUCCUUCCUUCCAUGAUACAGUAUACCAUGUAUGAUAGCAAUGUAAUAACCUCUAAAUGUAAAUAUCCAACCAAUAAAACUGUUACAUAUUAAA